AUGGUGCGGGCUCCAGCACUCCUUGGUGCCUUCAUUUUGCUGUCUGUUCUCUUGCAUCCUAAUGCAGCAGGCCGCCUCAUGCCCAAGCUGGCUGACCGGAAGCUGUGUGCUGAUGAGGAAUGCAGUCACCCCAUUUCCAUGGCUGUGGCGCUUCAAGAUUAUGUGGCUCCCGACUGCCGUUUCUUGACCAUACACAGGGGCCAGAUUGUCUAUGUGUUCUCCAAGCUGAAGGGUCGAGGGCGGCUCUUCUGGGGAGGCAGUGUUCAGGGAGAUUACUACGGAGACCUGGCGGCUCGCCUGGGUUAUUUCCCCAGUAGCAUUGUUCGUGUAAGCCAGACUUUGAAACCUGGGAAAAUUGACGUGAAGACAGAUAAAUGGGACUUUUACUGCCAGUGAGCUCAGCCAACCACUCUUCCUGCUUCCCCCCUUUAUGCAAAUACACCAGUCCCGGGCAAA